AUGACCCCCAGCCCAGUUUGGAAUGAAUAUCGCCUGAGCAUCGGCUCUUGGGCACCAAACCAGGCAAGCCUCAAAUUUACUAUCCUUGACGAACUCGAGCAUUGGGUACUCCAUGACGACGGGUACGACGCGGACGAUGAACUACCAUCGCUCAUCAACACCAAGCAAGAAUCAUCGGCAGACAAUCCCCCGAGCCCCAAACCGCUAGACAUCCUCUCCCUCCUUAUGAGGAUUUGGGACAACACAAGUGCAUUGUACGACAUUACCAACCACCACCCGACUCUCACCCCGAUCUCCGAGCAAGCACACAUCCAGGUUCUCAUCAAAAAAGUUCAGCUGGUCAUCAACACCCUUCACAACCUCCAUCGGCUCGUUAGCCCACCCCUUCCCCCCAUCCCCAUCAGCUACGACUGA